UUUUUUUUUUUUGUUAUUUUUUUAUUUAUUUAUUUGUUUUAAAUAUAUAAUUCUAAAGUUAAAGUUUAAUCUUUAAAAGGAAUCGCGUUCCGAUGUUGAAGCAGCAGCCGAGCGUUGGCGGCCGCAAAGCCGCUAACGGGACCGCCGCCACGGCGGGGUCGACACCCUCCGCUAGCAGCGGGAGCAGCAGCAGCCGGCCGGCCGCUGGAAGGGGCAGAAACUCUGUGAAGGGCCCCCCACAGUCCUCUCCAGUCUUUGAGGGAGUUUACAACAACUCCAGAAUGCUGCACUUUCUUACUGCUGUCGUGGGCUCCACGUGUGAUGUUAGUGUGAAGAAUGGCAGUGUUUACGAGGGAAUAUUCAAAACUCUCAGCUCCAAGUGUGAGCUGGCAGUGGACGCAGUUCACAAGAAGCCCUCUGAGCAGGUCUCUCCAGGGGGGGUGGGGUUGGGGGUGCCCCCCAAGAGAGAGGACAUCGUGGACACCAUGAUCUUCAAACCCACGGACCUGGUCACCAUGCACUUCAAAAACGUGGACCUGAACUACGCAGCCAAAGACAAGUUCACAGACUCUGCUAUCAGCGGCUCCAAAGUGAACGGGGAUCACAAGGAGAAGGUGCUGCAGCGCUGGGAGGGAGGAGGCAGCAAUGGGGAAAGCUAUGACCUGGAGAGUGACGCGGCGAAUGGCUGGGAUCCUAACGAAAUGUUCCGCUACAAUGAGGAGAACUAUGGCAUCAAGUCCACCUACGACUCCAGUCUGUCUCUCUACACCAGUGUUCCGCUGGAGAAAGGCACCUCCGAGCAGUUCAGACAGAGGGAGGCCCGCGCGGCGAAGCUGGCCAGUGAGAUCGAGUCCAGCCCUCAGUACAGACAGAGGGUUUCCGUAGAGAACGACGAGGGCCGCUCGGAGGAGGACAAGUACAGCUCUGUGGUGCGGGACAGAGACUGUCCCAGAGACAGGGACAGCCCCAGCUUUAGCAGGGAGGGUAAAUACAUCCCGCUGCCUCAGCGUGCCCGGGAGAGUGGAGGGGUCCGGGGGGGUGUGAGGGGAGGCUCCCCGUCCCCGAGGGGGUCUCUGAGCAGCAGGACUGCCCUGCCGCCCCGGUCAGGCUCAGCUCACCCCUCCUCCCUGACUGACACCAACCAGUCCACACGUGGCUCCUACACUGGCCACCCCCCACCACCACCACCACCACCACCACGCCUCCAGCUUCCAAUCCCACCACGGCGAGCCACGCGGGGCCACGGACCCAGCCACCAGCCCCAGCCUGCGUGGCUCUGCAGUGGAAAGUGGAGCUGGUGCUACGUCUCUCUCGGUGGCUGGCAGCCCCUUGGACCUGCCCCCACUCUCCGGUGCCCCCAGCACAGAGACCGUGGCUCCCCAGUCCACGGGACAGCCACAGAGGAGCAGCAGAGAGUACUGAAUGGAGGUGCCUCUCGAAUGUCUCCCAAGAGCCAGAGACUUGCCGGUAGAACUGUCAAGCCCGCCCCCAGCCCGACCGGAGCCAGCACAGGUGUGGCUCGUGCUUCCUAUACCCCAAAGUCGGGCUCCUCCCAGGAUUCACCUUUGACCCCUCCCUACCUCGACAACACUCCCGUCUCCACGGCGACCAGCAAGCCCUCUGGCCCCGCCCCCACCUUCAAUGUUGAUGUGAACGAAAUUAUCAAUUCUGGAGGCAGUGACCGAGCUCCGGACAGCCCUGGAAAUGCUGUUGACCCUGCAAAGCCCUGCGUGAAAGUCCCGACGGAGCACCAACGGAACCAGCUGGAAGAGCUCAGGAAAUUCGGCAAAGAAUUCCGGCUGCAGUCCAGCGGUGGCACUGUGGAUCCUGAGCCCGGCUCGAAGGACAUUGGCAGUGGUUCCGCUGACCCAAAGCAGCAGAGGGAAAGCUGUGGUUCUGUGGAGUCGGUACCGGUCCAGACAGCUGAUAAACAGCAGCAAUCAGAACCACAGACAGACUCCUCUCCAGACAGGCAAUCUCCAGGGACACCUGCAGCAGCCAGGACCCCAAGCGAGGGUGAAGAGAGACCAGAAGGCCUGCCAGACCAAGUGAAGAAGUCCACACUGAACCCAAAUGCCAAGGAGUUCAACCCCAACAAAACCAUCCUCCCUGUGUCGAAGCAGACAAGCACUCCAACUCCCCCUCGACCCCAAACUCUGCCCAGCCCCUCUAUCACUGUCCUGCCGCCCCAAAACCAGGGAGGCAUCUUCAACCCCCCUUACAUCUCCAAUGUCUACCAGAUUCACAUGGGACCUGCAGUACAGGGUCCCCAGAUGUACCAGUACACCAUGUCUGCAAUGAGUCCAGGGAAAUACCAACGAGCCAAAGGCUCCAUGGGUCCUCAGCGCUCUGAUCAGCACCACACAGCCUCUGCCCCGCCAAUGAUGCAGGCAACCACGGCAGCAGGGCCCCCCCUAGUGGCGACCUCUCCCUACCCCUCCUCCUACAUCCAGUACAACCAGCAGUAUGCUGGGCAGCAGGCAGUGAUGCAGGCCAUCCAGCACUACCAGUCUCAGCCGAUGUACCCCAUGCUCCAGGGAGGGAACCCCCGCAUGCUGACGUCAGGUGGGCACCCCCAAACCCUCGUGUCCUCCAGCACCCCGCAGUACCCCUCUGCAGACCAGGCCAUGUACGCCCCACAGCCUUACCCUCACCACAGCAACCCCCUGCACCCACACCAGCCCCAGCCAGCCAGCACCCCCACUGGGAACCAGCAAGGGGGCCAGCACCCAGCGCCCAGCCCAGUGCAGCACCAGCCCGGUCUGGGUUCAGGGCAGCCCCCCCAGCAGGGUCUGUAUCACACAGGGGCCUUGACCCCCACACCUCCCUCCAUCACCCCCGGACCCAACUCUCAGUCGCCCCAGAGCGGCUACAGCCAGCAGCAGGUCUACGCCAUCCACACACAGCUGCAGCACGGCUACCCUGGACUGGGGCAACUAGCGCAGGCUCAUGUUCAGGGCGCUCUCUCCCAGGGUCACCCUCACCCCAACGGCUCCCACGGGCCUCCCCAGGUCAUGCUGCUCCACGCUCCCCCUCAGCAAGGGCACGGGGGCCCCCCAAACCACCCCAACCACCCCGGGCAGGGGGGGCAACAGAGUGGCACGCACUACACCUACAUGCACCAAGUUCCAGUGCAGCCGCACCCCACGCAGCAGCUGUCUUUCCACCCCCCUGGGAACUGAAGAGUUAAGAAGUGAGGGGCGGGUGGAGUGAUGGAGGUGCACCCCCCCCUUCGCUCCUCCACAGCCUGCCCAGAGACCCACUUUAGGACAGGCCAGUCUCCAGAGAGAGGCAGGGAGACAGACUGAGCUGUGAAACUUCAAAGCAGUUUGAGAUGACGAUGACGACUUCUUCAAUGUUAUUUAUAAAGUUCAAACUCCCCCCUCCCCUCCCCUUUCCUGUCCUGCUCUGAUCACCCCUUCUUUCCCUUCCUCUCCUCCUUCUGCUCCUGUGUGAACACUGCACCUCGGCCGACAGACUGAAGCAAAUACACAAACUGGGGGGGAGAGGACUUUUUGUUUAUUAAAAAUAAGAGAUACAAAAAAUUACAAAAAAGGACAAAAAAAAAUUUAAAAAAUAUAAAAUAAGUUUUAAAAACUUACUAAAAAACUCAAACUGAACUUGCUGUGUUUUGCCUUUUCUUUGGGGGGGUGUGGGCUGGAAUGGGUUGCCGAGGGUUACCGAGCCACUCUGUUGCCACGGAGAUCCUUUUCCUCCGCUGUUAGGAACAGCGAUUCCCUUGCGUAGCUGCUCAGGAGAACUGAAGGUUCAGCGAGGGUCCUCUGAUCCCACGAGCCAGCCUCCUCUUCAACACCCAGGAACUGCAGAGUGCGUGAUCUACCGCCCCCUGGAGGACAAGCCCUGGAGCUGUCCGCUGUGAUCUCACUGGGCUCCUGGCCGGACGGGUCAGCUGUCGCAUGAUGAGAAACAGUCCUUGCUGGUUUUGACUCCCUAACCCCCGGUAGCGCUGGAGGCAAUGCAAAUCUCCUUCCAGUCCCCAGCGGUGAUUUUGCACAGCCAGGACGUGAACCCGCGCCGUAUGACUCUCCACGUGGCCGGUGCCGUUACCAGGCCAGGACGUGACAUCGCGCUCUAUGACUCUCCACGAGGUCAGCCACUCGGGACCCCAGAACGAUUCAAAGCCUCGUUCGUGUGGUGAAGAAUGGCCAGGGAAAGGUGUGACGGAUGGGGGAAAAAAAAAAAAAUUCUCUCUAAAGUUUCGGCAGUUAUUUCUCAAACUACAGAGUUCACACAAAUCAUCUCGGUUUUAAUUUCAGCCACGACCAAUCAAUAAAUAAAUAACUUGCAAGUUUCAUUACAAUUUGAUACGCAGUAUUCCAGAUUUAUAGAAAAGUGUGUGAUGGGUGACCUGAUAGAAGACUUUAAUCUCCAUGCAUAACCAAUGAAUAUAUAUUCUCUAUUGAUUAUAGAGAGAGAUAUACAAAUCUAUAUAUCCAUCUGUCCCCAAUACUCUACUGUUUACCGUGUACAAUACGUUAUAGUUUCUGGAGCGAUCUGCUGAAAUUCUGAUUUCCAAUGGUUUCCCAGUUCCAGGUGAGGGGGCUGCAGUACCAGUUGUGUCCGCCAGGUGUCAGCGGUGUGUCGAUUUGAUUUACGUGUUUGCGAUGAUGCGUUCUUUCUGAGAACGCAGAGCGCUACACUGGACGUUGUGUGGAAAGAAAUUUCAAGAAAGACUUUUAAUUUCUCAUUUGUUUGUUUUAUUUAAAAACACAAAAGAAUAUACUGAAGUUUACUAGUAAAUACACCAUCAAUACGUAACCAAUGAUAAAACAGAAAUGUUUUUACUGGACUGUUACAAUAAUAAUAACAAAAUUACAAAAAUAAUAAAAAUAAUAAUAAUCUAAUUCUGCUAGUUAUACUGAGAUCCUGGAAUAAUAGUUAUCUGUGUGUAAUACCGCACAUCGCCACUAGAUGGCACUGCAAGAAACACAAAGAAACACAAA